AUGGGUGCCAGACCUGCCCAUUGGUACCUCAAGACCUGUCUCACUCUCAAGACUUCGCUAAUUUGUUCAGAUCCUCCGAACUCCAUCAGCGUCCCCGAGUUCAUGAGCUCGGAAGAGUAUGGCCGGUAUUCCAUUGUGAAAGCGCGACGACCAUACACCUGUGGACUUACUGGAAAGACGCGUACCGCUGAAGAGGUUAUUCGUAGAGAGGAUCUCCUUGCUCGGGGUAUCGGCAAAGCUCUACAGUUUGACUCGCAAUCCGGGUCGGAAUGGGAUCGCGUCUGCGUCAUAUUCUCUCUCAAUACGAUUGACUACAUACCCCUCACACAUUCCAUUCAUCGCCUCAAUGGUAUCGCCAGUCUGAGCAGCGCAGCCCUGUCGGCGUCGGAGUUGGAACAUCAGCUCCGAGCCUCACGCGCAAAAGCAAUUUUUACUUGUGUGCCCCUUCUGGAUACUGCACUCAAAGCUACAGAGGCAGUUGGUAUCUCACGAGAAAAUGUGUUUCUUCUUCCAGUGCCUGGCGACUCCAGCAGGCACGGAUUCAAGACAAUCGAUGACCUGAUUCAGGACGGAGAGAAAUUGCCACCGUUACCGCCGCUACAAUGGACGAAGGGACGAGGCGCUCGACAAACGGCUUAUCUGCUGUAUUCAAGCGGAACUUCUGGUUUACCUAAACCGGUCAUGCUCUCGCACUACAACAUCAUAUCCGGCAUCAUACAAACAUGCACAUUCGACUCGGUCUCUCGAAAAGCCGAUGGUGUCGACACGCAAGUGAUGCUCGGAGUCUUGCCAUUCAGUCAUGUCUUUGGGCUAAUGCUUAUCACUCAUCUGGGGACAUACCGCGGCGACGAGAUCAUUGUCAUGCCUCGCUUUGAGUUUGAGCCCUUCUUGGCUGCAGUCAGUCGCUUCAAGAUACACCAGCUUCCAAUUGUACCGCCGAUCGUGAUACAAAUGCUUGACAGAAGAGAAUUGUGCAGCAAGUAUGAUUUGAGCAGCGUCAGGUUUGUGUAUACAGGCGCUGCACCGCUUGGAAAAGAAACGGUUGAUGAUCUGUUGAGUCUGUACCCGAUGUGGCGCCUUGGUCAAGGAUAUGGAAUGACAGAGACGGCGACUGUCUUUAUACAAAGCAGCGAGCAUGAUACGCAAGUUGGCACAACAGGAUCAUUACUUCCAGCAGCCAAGGCCAGGAUCGUCGACCCAGACGGUAAAGAGAUUACGGAAUAUGAAAAGCCAGGUGAACUGCUGAUUCAGAGUCCAACGGUGUCACUUGGCUACUUUAACAAUCCAAAGGCCACCGCCGAGACUUUCUUUGAGGAUACAGACGGUCGCUGGAUACGAACAGGGGAUGAGGUGCUGGUUCGCAUGUCUGAGAGCGGCAAUGAGCAUUUUGUCGUUGUUGAUCGAGUCAAGGAGCUUAUCAAAGUCAAGGGCCAUCAAGUCGCGCCGGCAGAGCUUGAGUCACAUCUUCUCACCCAUCCCGAUGUGAGUGACUGCGCAGUCAUCCAGAUUCCCGAUGCACGAGCUGGUGAAGUUCCGAAAGCAUUCGUGGUCAAAGCAGAACAGGCAAAUAAGUCUGAUGAAGACAUUGCGAGGGAUAUCCAGCGAUAUGUUGAGGAGCAUAAAGCUAGGUAUAAGUGGCUGAAGGGCGGUGUUGAGUUUAUUGAUGUGAUACCGAAAAGCCCGACUGGGAAGAUCUUGAGACGAAUGCUGAGGGAUAGGGAGAGGGAGGCUAGGAAAUCGAGAGGAGCAAAGUUGUGA